CCACUUUCUCCUCCCCUCUGCAGGCUUGCGUCUUCGGAACUCGACCCCGCCACUUAAAGCAUCGUUGCGAUCCGAGUUCCCACAUCGAUCCAAUCCAUCCAAUCUGAAAUCAUUUGUUUUACGGAUACAUUACUCGGUACCGGUUGCCGGUAAGAGUCGUGCCACUGACCCGCAAUGCCGCGUCAAACCAAGCGGGCCCUAGAUGUGGUCGACCUGACCGGCGAUGACCGCGACCACCGGCCCGCCAAAUCGCCGCGUUAUGCUUCGUCGUCGUCCACUGCGCACUUCUCUGCUCCCGGGCCCAACCAGUCAUCUUCUGCUGCUCACUCAAAUGGACCCUCCAGUUCUGCCCCGCGUCCGAGUGGAAGCCAGCAGUACCUCGGCAAUGAUGAGGUCGAGCCCUCAACGCAAGAUCUCACACAAAGAGAUGAUGAACCCCAGCUAGAGCUGUAUGGUUCCUUCGAUGGCAAGAUUGUGGGUGUAAGGUACUACAACGGCAUGGCCACCGCUGGCGAGGUGGUGGUCUGCAGAAGAGAGCCUUCUAAUCAGUAUGAUUCCAAUGCAAUCCGCGUGGACAAUGUGCUUGGAAGACAGAUUGGUCACAUUCCCAGGGCAGUAGCCGCGAAGCUUGCCCCAUACUUGGACUCCGGCGAGAUAGCCAUUGAAGCUAUACUUACCGGCGAGAAGGGUUUCUAUGACUGCCCCAUCCGCAUUCGCAUCUACGGAACUGGCGACGCUCUUGCGCGGGUGGAUUUGGAGGAGCGUCUGAAGAGAGACAAGCUUGUUAAGGCCACGCAGCUCAAGCAGACCCGGAAGGAGAGCGAGCAGCAACGGAAAGCUAUGGGCUUGAAGAGCGGCAGAGCUACUGCAGGGUUUGCGGCCACCGAGACGGAGGUGUCUUUGGAACAGCUCGCCCAAACCAGCCAGGCCGUCAACCUCCGCGCCGGAGGGGAUAUUGUCCAGACGCUGGCCAUGGACGAGAACCAGCUGUCCAAGAUGCCCGAAGCUGAGCAACCCGACAAGGUGCGCGCCAAGCUGUUGCCGUAUCAACUUCAGGGGCUUGCCUGGCUUAUGGCCAGGGAGAAUCCGGCCUUCCCAGAGCCAAGUUCUCCGGAGUCUGUGCAGCUCUGGAAGCGGGAUGCCAAAGGCCGGUACGUCAACAUCGCCACGAACUUUACCGUUGCGUCCGUGCCUGGUCUUUUGUCUGGCGGCAUCCUGGCAGACGACAUGGGUCUCGGCAAGACUCUCCAAAUCAUUAGCUUGAUCAUGACUGGCGGGCCUGGAAGCACGCUCAUUGUUGCGCCAGUUGGCGUCAUGAGCAACUGGGAACAGCAGAUCAAGCGCCAUGUCUACGAUGAGCACGCGCCCAACGUUCUCAUCUAUCACGGGGCUGCUCGCCAGGCUGCCGCCAAGUCGUUGAAGGACUUUGGGGUUGUUGUCACAAGCUACGGCAUCCUGAGCAGCGAGGUAGCCAUGGGCGGCCCCCUAUCCAAAGUUGACUGGCGCCGUGUGGUCUUGGACGAAGGCCACACCAUCCGUAACGCCAAAACAAAGGCAGCCGAGGCAGCCUGCGCGUUGAAGGCGCAAUCCAGAUGGGUGCUCACCGGCACGCCAAUCGUCAACAAUAUCCGCGACCUUCACUCGCUUCUCAAAUUCCUUCGUAUCACUGGAGGCAUCGAGCAGUCAGACGUGUUCAACGCUGUCAUCUCCAGGCCUCUAGCAAUCGGAGACCCUCGCGCUGAGGCCCUGUUGCAAUCCCUCAUGAAGGACCUUUGCCUCCGGAGGCGAAAGGACAUGAAGUUUGUCGAUCUCAAGCUUCCGCCGAAGACAGAAUAUAUCCAUCGCAUUACCUUCUGGCCGGACGAGAAGAAAAAAUACGAGGCUUUGCUUUCCGAGGCGCAGGGCGCGCUGCAAGAGUUCCAAAACAUGUCCAAGUCGGGUCAAAAGGGAAGGUUUCAAGGCGUUCUUGAGAGAUUGCUACGCCUUCGCCAGACAUGCAACCACUGGACUCUGUGCAAAGAACGCAUCACCGAUCUGAUGAAGCUCAUGGAAGAGACCGGCGUCGUCCCACUCAAUGAUGAGAACCGCGCUCUCCUGCAACAGGCCCUUCAACUCGUCAUUGAGAGCCAGGAGGAGUGUCCUGUCUGCAUGGAUCCACUGAACGACCCUGUCAUUACGCACUGCAAACAUGUCUUUUGUCGAGCGUGUAUCUCCAAGGUGAUUGAGAUACAGCACAAGUGUCCCAUGUGCCGCGCAGAGCUUUCUGAGGACAAGCUGGUUGAGCCGGUACCCGAACACUCAGCCAAGGAGGAUGAAGGGGGCUUGGACCCGGAGACCAAGAGCUCCAAGACAGAAGCACUGCUCAAGAUCCUCCAGGCUACGCUGAAGAACGAAGGGUCCAAGGUCAUCAUCUUUUCGCAGUGGACAUCCUUCUUGACCGUCAUCCAGCGUCAGUUGAACGAAGCAGGUUAUACCUACACGCGCAUCGACGGCAGCAUGAACACCACCCAGCGCGACGCAGCGAUCCGCGCUCUCGACCACGACCCGGCCACCCGUAUUAUGCUUGCCAGUCUGAGCGUGUGCAGCGUCGGCCUGAACCUGGUCUCGGCGGACACGCUUGUGCUCGCCGACAGCUGGUGGGCACCGGCCAUUGAGGACCAAGCGGUUGACCGAGUUCACCGUCUCGGCCAGACAAGGCCCACGACGGUGUGGCGAUUGGUCAUGGAGGGGACGGUCGAGGAGCGGGUGCUUGAUAUCCAGGCGGAGAAGAGGGAGCUUGUUAACAAGGCUUUCCAGGAGAAGCAGGGGAAGGGGAAGAAGACGACGGAGACGAGGAUGGCGGAUAUACUGAAGUUGCUUGCCUGAGAUACGUGAUAUACCGGAUGAGAGGCGGUUUGUGUGGUGUGCGACUCAGUUGCGCAUAUGGGAAUAAUGUAUAGUUAUUUGAUAACGUUACCCAUUUGGGAUGACGGUAGAUUGAAGGGCACCGGCACAGUUGUCAUGAUUGCAGCAUGGAUUCAAUGCCGGUCAGUUUUCUGCUACCUAAGGCACAGUGUGCGCUUCAUUCUUCACAGCAUAUAAUACAUUUGUGGCAACUAAGCCG